AUGACCACCCUCCCUCGUCACACCCGCUGCCUCCUUGCCCAGCUUCUCUCGCUACCGUCCCGAUCCUACCGGUCUGCCACCUCAAAUCGCGUCGAACACCUCUACGGCGCCGCCAGCGUUCUUCCCGCUCUGCAAUCUGGCCGCCGAAAACUAAAGCGACUAUAUGUGAAGGACCGGGGCGGCAGCGAGUCGGCUCGCGGGAGGGGCCGAGGGUUUAUAGAAGAACUCGGAGAGGAUGACGGCGGCGGCGGUGUGUUGGCGAAGGCGUUGGCAUGGGCGCGAAGGAGGGAACUUGUUGUGACCGAGGUGCCGGGGACGAGACUGGAGACGAUGUCGGAUAAUAGACCGAAUCAGGCAAGGAGUCGUCUGAUGGCUCUGUCUCAAAGUACGUCACUUCAGCUCUCUAAUACACAUCUUGUCAGAAGAAAUCUACUUACGGGCUGGCAUCGCAGAUACCCAGCCAUUGUGACGAAACGGGAGAUCAUCCCACUGUCGUUCUCCGGCGUGCAGAGGCGACGGCGCUUUCCAUUAUGGCUAGCUUUGGAUCAAGUUAUGGAUCCACAAAACCUCGGAGGCAUCCUACGAUCAGCUCAUUUCUUCGGAGUAGAUGGAGUCAUUCUGACAGAACACGAAAGUGCAUCCUUUACUCCUACCGUAUCGAAGGCCAGUUCCGGAGCAAUGGAAGUCAUGGAACUAUAUGUUACUCCGAGCCUGCCCAAAUUCUUGGAGACAUCAGCAGAGAACGGUUGGCACAUCUUCGGCACCGACAUCAACAAACCCAACACGAUAUCCCUCUCCACAUACGCCCGAGCCCGGACAGAGACGCCCGUUGACGAGCUACCGGUCUUACUCAACAGUCCAACAAUCCUAGUACUGGGCAGUGAAGGCACCGGACUCCGCGCCGUAGUAUCAAACGUAUGUCACGAUCAUCUUGUCAUUGGAGAUUUCGCGGAUGAGGACGACGACAUCGGAAAAGCAGCCGACAGCAGAGUACGCGACACAGCUCCACCGGAUUUAUACACCGUAGAUUCAUUGAAUGUAUCUGUCGCGGCGGGCAUCUUGUUACAUACUCUAGUCACAAGCUAG